AUGUCCAUCCCUUUCGUUGGUCCCCCUCCGCACGUUUCCUUUGCAGAAUAUCUGAACAAGCUCCAGGUUGUGAAAUCCGGCAGACUCCCCAUCCCGAAGCUUGACCUGUCCUCGAUCGCCGAGGCAGUUACCCAGCUCCGUACCCUUGAAACUCGCUGGCCUCGACCACCCCCCGUGCCAGAAGUCACAGAAUCAAACAGGAAGUUCACGACCCGCGACGGUGCCGAGCUCGAUCUUUUCGUCUUCCAACCGGCCAGUCCUACAUGGGAGCCGAUUCCCUUGGUCAUCUUCUUCCACGGAGGCGGCGGUGUCAUUGGCACGGCGUACUCGGUCGCCCCCCUGGCGAGAGAACUCGUGCUCGCGCACGGCUGUGUGGUGAUCAGUCCGCAGUACCGCCUGGCACCCGACUAUGUGUUCCCCACUGGGGCAAACGACGGCUGGGACGCCUUCGUAUACAUCUCGACUCGCGCAUCCGACUUCUCCGCCGACGCGUCCGCAGGCCUGAUCGUCGGCGGCGUAAGCCACGGCGCCGUGCUGACGAGCUUGAUCGCCCUACAAGCAAAAGAAACGAGUCACAGUCCCCAAAUCUCGGGUCUAUAUUACUCAGCAGGGGCAUUCAUCGCGAACCCAGAAACCAUCCCGGACCAGUAUCGAACACAAUACCUCUCGCGCACCGACGAGCGGUGCAUCAACGCUCCAAUACUCAACGCCGAUACCAAAACACUCUUCGACCGGGCGUACAACGCAGAUGUAUCUUCGCCUCUCUACCGGGCCUUCAACACAGAACCGCUGUCGAAACACGCCCACGUCGCGCCCAAGGCGUAUUUCCAGGUCUGCGGCUCGGACAUUUUGCGUGAUGAUGGCUUGAUCUAUGAGCAGGUCCUGAAGGAGCGUGGAGUGGAAACUCUGCUCGACGUGUAUCCGGGCACACCGCACAUCUUCUGGAGUGUCUUUAGGACGAUCAAACAGGCGGCCAAGUGGAAAGCUGACACCAACAAAGGGGUUGGCUGGUUGCUCGGACGCGAGAGUGACAAGGACGAAAGAAAGUUGUAA